AUGGCCAGCGAUCAAAGAUUCCAGCGGACUGUGCAAGCAGUUGCUGAAGCUGUUCAAAUAUUUGCUACUGGAACAUUCAACUUUGCGGAGAGCAUCAAACAGAUAUGGGGACCACAGACCCAGCCGGAUACAGUGGAGACAUCCGAUCCCCUGCCCGUCGAGGGCAUGCAGGAUUUCCAAGUGGUUGAUCAACUUCGAGAAAGAACCCCUGUUUCUCAGGACGGAGAUCAAUUUGCGAUAAACUCCCAAAGUCAUCCACCGUCCGUGACUAUGGAUGACGAGUCGCAAGUCUUACAUGAAGCAAUCGCGCCGCUAGAGACAGCAAGUAUACAGCUCUCUAAUGAGAUGGAUACGGUAGCUACGUCCACACAGCAACCGGUUGGUUCAAAGAGAGCCGGUCAGGGUAUUCAUGAGCAGCAACCUAUGUCCAAGCGGCAGCGGAUACGGGAAUUGGAGCAAGUCCUAAUGCCGGAAUGGUGUGGACUGAAAAGGGUUAUGCGACAGGAACAAGCUGACCACGGAGCGGCGGAAUAUGGCGGGUCCUCGGCGUCAUCAGUAUCUUCGUCGUCGGCAUCUUCGUCAUCGUCGGAAGAAGAAGAAAACGAAGAAAAAGUGGCGCAAAUCGAAGUGCAACUGAAUAGACACGAAAUUUCGUCUAUCAAAAAUCAGGUGCCGGUUGCACAUAAAAUGACACACAAAGACGUGAUACAUCUGAAGGAAGAAAAUGACGGAUCAUCAUCUUCGACGCAAGAACAGUCCUCGGAAGAGUCAUCAUCGGAAGAGGAGGACGAUGACUCCUCAGAAGAAGAAGAAGAAGAAGAAGAAGAAGAAGAAGAGGAAGAAGAAGAAGAAGCGGUGCCAAAUGCAGCAAGAAAAGUGUCACAAGAAAGUCGCGAUGUGGAAGCGAAACCAGCGAUUCGACCAAAGGACGAGAACAGUGAACCAUCCUCGUCUUCAUCCGAACACGAAUCCUCAGAAGAAGAAUCAGAUGACGACGAGCCAAGGGAACCAAAAGGGCAACCAGCAGCAGAAGAGCCGCCAAUAAAAGAGGAGUCAGAGGACGAACCAGAAGAACCAAAGAAACAGCUGGCGACAAAAGUAGAGCCUCAAAUGAGACGCGAACAAACCCCAGAAGAAUCGAGUGGAAUAACAAGUAAUGAAUCCUCCUCAUCGUCAUCAGAAGACGAAUCCUGCGAAUCCUCGGAAGAAGACUCGGAGACGGAGAUGUAG